AAUUCUUAUAAAGUAAACCUUAGAUACAUGGACUUUUUAUUAUUGUUUUACAAAGUACAAUCAUAAUGGAAGACAUCGAUGAUGCUUUGUUAUGGACAGAGCACGAUGUGAACGAUAAGACGGAUAGUGAUUUAUGGCGUGAAUAUCAUGUUAGUGGUAAAGAAAUAGAAUGGCAAACCCAAACAAGUCCAUCCAAUUAUCGACCUCCUUCUGGGAAUUCCGCAGACAGCGGAAUGGGGGAGGAGGAAACCCAGGAACCAAAAUCUCUCUUACCAGCAAAUUGGCCGAAAAUUGAAGAUCUGGGAAAAAAGAAAAGUUGUAUGAUGAGCGAAUGUGUACAUCCUUGCGUUGCGAAAGCAACUUCACAUUUGGAACUAUUGCAGACGCUCUUAGAAGAUUGGCAUUUAAGAGAAGAAACUGAGUCAAGUUUCGAUGAGGAAACUGUUGACAAAACUACUAUUCCUAGCAGAUCAACAAAAAGAACUACAACUUCUUCCUCAAUAAGUGAUAAAACUGAAAUGGUAACAUCUUCCGGUACUACGACACAGUCAGAAUUAAAAAUUGAAGGAACUUCAGCAUUACAAGUAACACCACCAUCAACGGGGAUAGAGGGUCCUGACAUUAUAACUGAAGUAACAAACCUUCUUGCCCGUUUGGAGUGUGAUAGACAGUCAAAUGAACUAAAACUCAAACAACAACGUAAUAUUGUCAGAUGGUUGUUAGGUCAAAUUGAUAUUUUGGCGGAAAAACGAUUAGAAACUUUACCCAUUGCCGUUCAAGAAGAGCACGAAGCGUGCACAAUAGAUAUUGCUGAAUUAAAUUGGCAUUGUACAUAUAGAAAUCGAGCUAAGCAAAAAGUCCAUCAAAGAGUUGAAGUCUCCAUGAAUUUAAAUAAAGAAUUUAAAAAAGAUAUAUCUUUCAUUGAAAAACACGUGCCAUUGAUAGCAGACAAACUCGAAUUAGAGUUAGAAGCUAUGGAAAGAAUAAGAAGAGCUCAAGUUGAUACCAACGAAGAGCUAGACAAAACACUUAAAAGAUGCGCUGAAGUUCAAGCGAAAUCCGAUGAUGCUCACAAAAAAGCUGAAGAAGAACGUAAGCAUAUGAAAGAAGACUUGGAAAAUGUUAACAACGAACUAAUAGCUAUAACGAAAGAGCUAGCAGAGGCGAAAAUGACUUUCAAUCAAUAUACACAUAAUUGUCAUGACUAUCGACAACAUUUAAGAGAAAAUUCUCAGGAACAGAGUAUCUUAGAGGUAAAAGAGGAAAAUGUAAGAACCUCUGAGGAGAUGCUCUCAACAAAAAUUGCACAAUUGCAAAAAGAAAUUGUUGAUGAACAAUUCAAACACAAGCAUUUUGAAGAUGAGGCUCUCUUCCAGAAGCAACAAUUAGAUAAAGUGGUAUCAUCGAACAAAGAUAGGGAAAGGGAAAUCCUAUUAGAAGUCAGCUAUAAGGAGUCACAAUUGAAAAAACUCACAAGAAUGCAAAAUGAUUUGAUUCUAGAAGUAGAAGAUUUAACUAAAAAGAUUAAAGAUUGUGUCAAACAAAAACAAAUAGAUGAAAAAACUUUAUUAAGAGUUGAUCAAGAGCAGGCGAGGGUUGAAGAAAGGAUAAUUGAUGCCAGAGAAGAUAUGGAGAAGGUUCAAGUCAUUCACGCGGCUAUAAAAGAUAAACUCCAAUUGGAAGAGGAAAAUGCAAGUCGGCUGGAAGAUCAAUUGAGGUCAACUGCUGAACAAUUAUCUAAAGCUGUUAAGGAGGAAAUCCAUUCUAGAAAUGUUCUUGAAUCGAAAACAGCAGCCGAAGGAGUAGAAUUAGAAAAUGAUAAAGUGGAGAAACAAGAAAAGAAAUCUAAGACUAAAAAGAAGGUUUUACAAGUCAAGGAAGCAGUGCAAAAGAUUGUUGAAAAAGUAGAAACUUUAAGAAAAGAAUAUCAAAAGCGUGUAGAGAGAGUCGCUAAAUUAGAGAGUUCUCUUGAGGAAUUAAGACAGCUAUUAAAAACUGCUGAAGAUAAGCAUAAAAAUCGACUGGAUGAACUCGAUCCAUCUAUUCAACGUCUAAAAAAGGAAACACUUGAUCAAGAGAAGAGAAUUGAUCAUAUGGAAUGGAAGAGCACAAUGAUUAUAAAAAAAUUCGAAGAAUAUGAUAAUGCUGAAAAAAUGAUGAAUAAGUCAUUAAAGAGAACUCUGACUUCUAACGAAAACUUAGAGGAAGAAUUAACAGAGUUAAAUAAAAAGAUUGACGACGCAAAAGGAAUGGAAGAAUUAAUGAAUAACGAUUUAAAAAGUAUUUUAGACAGAGAAUUCGAACAAGCCCACGAGCAUAAAGUGAAAAUGAAGAAACGACGAAGUGACCUUGAUGUUUUAUUCAAAGAUAUGGAAUUAGCGAAAAUACUUAAUGCAAAAUUAGCUUCGGAAUAUAGAACUUUACAGAACAAGCACUUACACUCAAAAAACAAGUUGAUGAACGUAUAUGAUAAAAGAACGGAAAGGGAGAAUAUUCUAAAAGAUCUUCAACAAUUAGGAAAAUUACAGAAGAGAAUGAGACUGUCUUUAGAACGUUAUUACAAAUUACGGGGUCGUUAUAACGAAGAUACACUUAGAGAUAUUGAUGAAAAAUCCAAAAAAAAUGCAGUAAGAGUAGGACAAUUACAAGAUGAUAUUGGUGGUGUAUUACUGCAAAUGGAGGCAUUCGUAAAGAAUGACGUUUUACCAGUUGUUUUUCGACAACGUGUUGCAGUUGCCGAUAAUUAAUACGCUGUGUGUGUGUGUUUUUUUUACUUAAUCUACCUGGGACAGGUAGAUGGUAAUCUUGUUCGUGAAUUAGCUAUGAAAAAGGCAGCUAGGAUGGAAAGAGGAGAAGAAAGUGAACCACCAGGUAUUCUUCCAGGUCUGGAAAUUCAAUCCCGUCCCACAACAACAUCGAGUUCUAUUAAAGGUUAUACAAAAUUGGUUGCAAUGAAAUAAAAUCCAAAAAAGAAUAUGUUAUAUCUUUUAAUAUCUGUUGAAAUCGUACACCUAUUUUUUACUAAUUUUUCAGGCAUAAAUAUGUAAAAAUAACAAAAGUAGGUUUCUCAAAUUACAAUAAACACAUAGCCAAUGAAUAAAUGUAACAGUCCAACAUAUUAACUUAAGUGUAUAUCUUCUAUUGAAAACAGUUUCAGCUUUUCUGCAUUCACUUUGAAACAUCUCACACGAGUUAAAAAAGAAUAUGUACACUACAUACUAUAUACAAAAAAAAGAGCAGUUUAAUUUCUAUUUCUUCGUAUAUUUGACGGCUUGCUGAAAUUUAGUCAUUUCUUGUCCACUUUUACCGCAAGUGCCAAUACCAACUCUACCUGAUGUUGAAUCUGGAGAAGCAAAUAUACUCUUCUUAACCAGACCUCUUCUAGUUUUCGCAAAUGCUUUGCUAUUAAAAGAUUCCCAUUUUCGCUUAUCCACUUCUCUUUCUUCUUCAAGUUCUCUCAUUCUAAGUUUCUUUUUUUCAGCUUUCUUUUUACGAUAUUCUCUUUCAGUGGCGAGCUUAUCUCGUCUUUGCUUAGACUUCUUUGCCAAUGCAGCAGCAGCUUUUUCGUCAUAUUGUCGCAGUUGAGCGAUC